AUGGUUCUUGCGUCCUUGAGACCGCCUUCUCCGGUCACUGCGUUGGCACAGCCACUAUUCAUCACAAUGGCACCAAUGUCUUUACCGCCGGUCUUGGAAAGAACGUCUCUGGAGACCUGCACAGGGGCCGCAAAUACUUUGUUGGUGGUAAAAACAGCUGCUGCAGAAGCAGGCACCGUGGACGACAGAACAGACAGGUCCAGGGCGUCUGCUUUCUUGACGCCGGUUGCUAUGGCACCCACAUUGUAUCCCUGGGGAUAG